CGCAUGUGUCAGUGCUGAGGGGAGUGAUAAGCAAACAGGAACUAGUUGCGUGCAGUGACGUUACGACUGGAUAAACGAAACAGGGCUGGCGGGGAUCACAGGUUUAAUCUGCGGUGUUUUUAAUUCUCCCAGGACUCCGCAUGGAGCCAACAAAUCUGCAGAAAGCUAUAGCCGUAGCACAGAAGGCCUCAGAGGAGGACCAGGCUGGGAACUAUGAGGAGGCCAUCCGCUCCUACCAACAUGCUGUCAAGUACUUUCUGCACAUUUUAAAACGUGAACCCCAAGGUAAAGAUGGCAACCAGAAGAUCAGGGAUCAAUGUAAACUGUACCUGGACAGAGUGGAAGAACUGCAGCAGUAUCAAGUGAAUAAAGAGAAAGCCAUUGAUCUUGCCAGCAAGGCAGCUCAGGAGGAUAAAGCUCAGAACUACGAGGAGGCUCUACGGCUCUACCAAGCUGCUGUCCAGUACUUCCUUCAUGUGGUGAAAUAUGAAGCCCAAGGUGAAAAAGCUAAACAGAGCAUUCGGGCGAAAUGUGCUGAAUACUUGGACAGAGCAGAGAAGCUGAAAGAGUAUCUAAAGAAGAAAGAGAAGGCUCCGCCUGCUAAGCCUGUCAAAGAGUCACAGUCCGAUGACAAAGGGAAUGAAAGUGAUGAAGGUGAUGAUCCAGAGAAAAAGAAGUUCCAAAAUCAACUCUCAGGUGCAAUUGUUAUGGAGAAGCCAAACAUCAAAUGGAAUGAUGUUGCUGGUUUAGAAGGAGCCAAAGAAGCGCUUAAAGAAGCUGUUAUUCUUCCAAUCAAAUUUCCCCACCUUUUCACAGGAAAGAGAACUCCAUGGAGAGGUAUCUUGCUCUUUGGACCCCCAGGUACAGGAAAGUCCUAUCUGGCUAAAGCUGUUGCCACAGAGGCAAACAACUCAACGUUCUUCUCCAUCUCCUCAUCUGACCUCGUCUCCAAAUGGCUGGGAGAGAGCGAAAAGUUGGUGAAGAAUCUUUUCAGCCUCGCAAGGGAGCACAAACCCUCUAUCAUCUUCAUCGAUGAGAUCGACUCCUUGUGUGGCUCAAGAAGUGAGAAUGAGAGUGAGGCUGCUCGUCGUAUUAAGACAGAAUUCCUGGUUCAGAUGCAGGGUGUGGGGAACGACAAUGAGGGAGUGCUGGUACUUGGAGCAACGAACAUCCCAUGGACCCUCGACUCAGCCAUCAGAAGAAGAUUUGAGAAAAGGAUCUAUAUCCCGCUGCCUGAAGAGCACGCACGUGGCUUCAUGUUCAAGCUCCAUCUGGGAUCAACCCCCAACAGUCUCACUGAAUCCGACUUUGUCACUCUGGGCAAGAAGACAGAUGGAUACUCAGGAGCAGAUAUAAGUAUCAUUGUCAGAGAUGCUCUGAUGCAGCCAGUUCGAAAGGUCCAGUCAGCAACCCACUUCAAACGGGUACGAGGUCCAUCCAGAAGUGACCCCAACACUAUUAUAGAUGACCUCUUGACCCCUUGCUCACCUGGCGAUCCCAACGCAAUUGAAAUGACAUGGAUGGAAGUUCCUGGGGAGAAGCUACUGGAACCUGUAGUAUGCAUGUCUGACAUGCUGAGGUCUCUGUCCAACACAAAGCCAACAGUCAAUGAACAAGAUCUGGACAAACUGAAAAAAUUCACAGAAGACUUUGGACAGGAAGGCUAGGCGGGAUGAAGGAGCCAAGUCAAACCAAAGCAAAGGAAUUGUGAUUGUCUCUCUUUACUGUCCUUGUCCCCUUUUUUUGUCUCUCUGUCUCAUUCUAACCAUUCACCAGACCUGGUGGUUUAUCAUUAGUGGGAAAGAUUACUGCUCUGUUCUGCCAAUCUGAUAAACCACACAAAGGAUGGGAAGACCUAGUUUUAUUUGAUAUUCACAACUGUCCAAAGAAGAUUUAAGACUUCCCAUCUACAGCUGACCUGAUGAAAGAAUCAGUACCACAUAGGGAAUUUAGAGGGUUAUUUGACUUGUGCACAAAAGACUAUGGUAUUGAUGAGCAGAAUAGCCAAGCAGCUUAGGGAAAUUAAAAGAAGACCUAGGUAACAAUUGCAGCAAAUUAGAUCAUUGAAAUCAAGAUUAUUUAUUUUAAAUUAGGACUAGAUCUUGUGUCCUUAUUUUCUAGUCAGAACACGUCUCACUAGACGAUUAAAUAUCCCUUAUAUACUCUAUUUUGUAUCAAGAAAAAACAAGCAUUUAUAGUGUAUACUGUACUUUGUGGAAUAUAUAAAUCUUGGGCUGGGGAAGUGAAGCGGGGGGCAUGAGUUCACAGAAACUGUUUUGGUGAAAUGUGUCGUUCUUGUCUCAAGGUGGUGGACACAAUAAGAGUCUGAGACAGAGAUACUCAGGAUGAGAUCUGCAUUAGAUCCGGUGGGAAUUUUGGAUUGUUUAUCAAGUUUCCAAACAAAUGACAAACGUAUUUGUUAGCUCAGUUGUCAUUUGAAUUCAACACGGCUGUUAGGGUGGAUCACCAGUGGUGCCGUACCAGCAUUAUUUUACCAUUUUCUUUUUCAAGGACUCCGUAGCUUUGAAUUGCUUUGCCACUCAGCUCAUGGGUUUUUUUUUUCACAACCUACUGUACAUGUUUUUUUCAUCACUGUUCACAGGCUUUGCUAAUUAUCCUUAAUGCAAACAGCAAAAAAUUAAGCCUUAUAUUAAGAUAAAGUCACAUUGCGACUUUCUAUUAAUAAAAGACUGAGGUGUUGAAGUUGGACACUGGUGGCUCAGGUGGAGAAGAUCAUCUUGUACACUUUACAACAUAAGAAUGCAUCUCCAAACAUGGAGUAUAUGUAGCCAUAAGUGGCAGUGUGCACCAUGUGCCUUUCAGAAAAGCCGCAAAAAUCUUUUUUUUUUAAUAUAUAUAUAGGUUUAUUUCUAAAUUGGUCAUACUGCUCAUAUACUGAGUGCUUUGUCACUACAACUAAGAAAUGUAUAAUACUUGCACAUUUCAUGUAAGCUCUUUUAGAGAUUGUAUACAGCUGUACUCUUUUACUCCUAAGGUGUGCAAACUGUGUCUUUUGAGUUUUGUUGGGAACCAUCGCUUAUUUUACUGUAAAUGUUUAUACAUAUAGCCAGCUCUUCAGCCUUUCCUUGCGAAGAGGUCACCCAUGCAUAUGAUUUUCUGUUUUUCCAUGUUUCCAUAAUGUAAAUAAAGGUUAUAGCUAUGUCAAGAAAA